AUGCAGCUGUCAGCAGGGAGCUGGACUUUGCUUUUGUUUUAUUGCUAAGCAGCUCGCACACCCAGUGAUCACUUUGUGUGCUCGGGUCCACAGUCGCCAUCACUCAUUUGACACGAGUGAAGGGCAAAAACAGGAGAAAUAGCAGGAUUCUGAAAAGUUUUCAAAGAUGUCUCGGUACCACAAGGCAGCGAUUGAUGGCAACGUAGACCUGUUGAAGGAGGCCACAAGGAAGCACCUGAACACUGCUGAUGACGAUGGCAUGACUCCCACCCUGCUGGCUGCUUUUCACGGACACGUUGAGGCUCUUCAGCUCAUAUGCAGCAGAGAAGGAGAUCCCAACAAGAGUGACAUCUGGGGAAAUACUCCGCUACACCACGCAGCUGCUAACGGCCACAUGCAGAUCAUCAGCUUUCUGGUUAACUUUGGAGCCAACCUAUUUGCCCUGGACAAUGAUUUCCACACAGCUAUGGAUGUUGCUGCUUCUCGUGGCCACAUGGAGUGUGUGCGCUUCCUAGAUGACGCUGCCUCACAGCAAACCAACCAAAACCCAAAAAAGGUUGCCAACAUCAAGAAGGAGGCCCAGAAAGAGGCAGAGAGACGAGUGAAACUCUGUGAGAAGGUGAAGAAGAAGCACCAAGACAAGAUGGAUAGAAUACACCGCGGAGGAAGCAUGAAUGGGUCGGUUUCAGAGGCGAGCAUGGGGUCAGCGUUCUCAGAUGGCGGCACUAUGAGCGGUGUCAAUGAACAAUUCUCCAAGCUUAUUGCCGCAGACAAAUCUGGCUCUCUUACGGCUAGGGUUAAAGGCACUAUCCAGAAGAUGGGGAAGAAAGAGAAAGGUACAUUGCAGAGAUCAGGGUCAGAUGGGAAUGUUAUCUUCCGCAAACAGGAGAAUGAAUCCUCUGAUAAACCAGAGUUUCUAGAUGUCUUUGACGAACAAGAGGAGAAUGACUUGGUCAGCGGAGAGAUGGAGGGAUAUGAAGAUGACGACAUUAGAAACGAGCCAAGCCAAGUCAAACAAUCCAUCUUUAACCGACCUGGCUUUGGAGGCCUGAUUUUCAUGAAGAAGAUGAACAUGGAGGCGGAGGAUAUAGUUCCCACUGGAAAUAAUGAAAAUCUUGGCUACCUUGUUGAGAACCAGUUGUUUGAGGCAGAUGAAGAUGCUGCCGGCUAUGGGGAUGCAGGCGAUGGUGACCUUCCUUGGGAUCAAGAAGAUCUGGGACUGGAUGAUGAUGAGGAUGGGGAAAACUCUCCUUUGGAGGUUUUCUUGUCUGCCAUCUCCUUGCCAGAAUUUGCCCCCUCUUUCAAAAGAGAGCACUUGGACUUGGAAGCACUCUUGCUUUGCUCUGAUGAUGACCUUAAAGGCAUUCGCAUCCAGUUGGGACCCAGGAAGAAGAUCUUGGAAGCUGUAGCUCGCAGAACAAAGGCAAUGGAUAACCCUGGUACCAUUAAGGACAGCAGCUUGUGAUCUACAUAUCCACCACAUUCAAAUCCUUUUGUUGUUGAGUAAAAUUAAGUCUGCACAUUUUGUUGAGUUUGAUUUUGUGUACUGCACAAAGGUGAUUCUGCAAACUCUUCCCAUGAACACUUUUCACAUUUUAAAAGCAAUGAAAAGCAUUGUACAGUCAUUUAUACACAAUACCCAGUGUGUAUUUUAGUUAAAUUCUCUAUAAAUAGUAAAUGGAUUGGUAAUCGCCCUGUACUAGUUUCGAUAAGUCAGCAUUAAGUUUAUUAAGACUGAUCUAACAGAUACAUAAAUGAUCUGUUAUACGUCAUAAUUUUCAGGGGUUGAGUUUGAAUGUUUGAGGUGCACUCAAUCAUACUUCCUUUAACCAUUUUUGACCAUUUUACCAAUAAACAAGACAUGUAUGCAAAUAA